AUGAUACUUCCGGGCCAAGACGGAUACAGAGAAAUGCUCGUUCGCCCGUAUGUCAACAGCACAGCCACUGCAGUUGUUGAGUUUAUAGCGUAUAAUUACGUCAUUCUGAGGAUUAAGAUGAUAAAUGGCGUAAAGUCGGUUGAGGUGCCUGCUGUGAUACACAGAGAAGAUGCACUCUAUGGAAUAAAAGAUGACGACAAAUUGAAUGAGCUCUUUUCGCCUGGAGACACUGUCCAUGGGAGGGUUUUAUCGCUGGGAGAGUCUGGAAACAUAGUGCUGUCCACAGCUGAUGAGUCGCACGGGGUGGUAAAGGCAAUGGACUAUGGCACACUGCAGGAAGUGAAGCUAUCCCGGGGGAAGUUCGUACACAAAGGAAAAGAGCUAAAAAGGAAAACAGCCAUACUAUAG